CAGAAACCAGCCAGACAGCUCCCAAGUGAAAGGAAAGAACAGCUGGCACCUUCACAACCCGCUUGAAAUAUUAUUCCCCUGAGGUCGUGAACUCUUUUUGACUUCCUUCCACUUCCCCGCAGCUUCCGCAACCUUCAUUUCAACCACCCCAAAGAACACAAAGAGCUGCGUUCCUUCUACAAGCAUCCACCGCCACCACCUCCGGGAGUCCCGUUACAGCAACACAACCUCACACCGCCAUGCGGUCAAAAAUAUCCAACGUAGCCUUGACAAGCUUGUUCAUCCUGCUCGUCACGCAAUACGCCUCCGCCGCCAGCGCAAUCCUCGGAAUCGACAUUGGCCAGGAGUUCAUCAAGGCAGCUCUGGUGAAGCCAGGAAUCCCUCUCGAGAUCGUGCUCACCAAAGACACCAAGCGCAAGGAAGCGUCCGCGAUCGGCUUCAAGCCCGCCAACAUCCCCGCGGCAGAGGGCGAGUUCGCUUUCCCAGAGCGCCUCUACGGCGCCGACGCGAUCAAUCUCGCCGGCCGCUUCCCGAAUGAUGUCUACCCCAACCUCAAACAGCUGCUGGGGAAGAUGGCAAUCGACGAUGCGGUAGCUGCCUACUCGGGGCACCACCCGUCACUAGAGAUCCUCCCGUCGCCGGAACAGAACACCGUCGCGUUCAAGAGCAAGAGCUCGCCCAAAAACGGAGUGUUCACGGUCGAGCAGUUGUUGGCGAUGCAGUUGAAGGCGAUUGUUGCGCAGGCGCAGGCUAUGGCCGGGACGGGAGCGGCUCCCAUCAAGGACGUGGUGUUUACGGUUCCGACUUUCUUUUUGGCCGAGGAGAAAUAUGCGCUCACGCUUGCCGCGGAGCUAGCGAAAUUGAAUGUUAUGGGGUUCGUCUCGGACGGUUUGGCGGUCGGCCUCAACUAUGCUACUUCACGGACCUUUGACGAGAAGACUCCGGAAUACCAUAUCGUCUACGAUAUGGGCGCUGGAUCAACAACGGCUUCGGUGCUGCGCUUCCAGGCAAAGACUGUAAAGGACGGUCGGUUCAAGAAGACUGUGCAGGAGGUGUCGGUGUUGGGUGUCGGAUUUGACCGGACUCUGGGAGGUGACCUGUUCAACGAGAAGAUGGUGGACCUCCUGGCAGCGGACUUUGUUGGGAGCAAGAAGGGCCAGAAGGCACUUGCGUCGGCGGAAGACCCCAAUAGGACCCUUCGCCUGAAUGGACGGGCAGCAGCCAAGCUCUGGCGUGAAGCUACUCGUUCCCGUCAGAUCCUUUCGGCGAAUACAGAGACAUUUUCCUCAGUGGAGUCGCUGUACGAGGACGUUGACUUCCGCUCGGGGAAGCUCACGCGUGCUCAAUUCGAGGACGCUAUCAAGGAGUACGAGCCACGUAUUACGAGGCCCAUUUUGGAUGCCCUCGACAAGGCGGGUAUCUCGCUGGACAUGGUCAACACCAUCAUCUUGCACGGUGGUGCUGUCCGCACACCAUUCGUGGGGAAGAAGCUCGAGGAGAUCGUCGGAGGGCCCGAGAGGAUCAGCAAGAACGUCAACCCCGAUGAAUCCGCCGUUUUUGGAGCCACCUUUAAGGGUGCCGGUGAAAGCGGAAGCUUCAAGGUCAAGGAUAUCGAGACUCACGAUAUCAACCCCUACGGUGUAAGCGUCAACUACCUCAAGUCCGAGAAGGCUGCCAAGGAAACGAAACAAACCAUCUUCGCUCCUGGAUCAGUAAUAGGCAAGGAGAAGAUCAUUCAGUUCCCACAUAAGCAGGAUUUCGAGUUCGAAGUUGUCCAUAACUUGCCACCCCGUCCCACUGACCCCAGGCAGCUCGUCGGCCUCGAAAUGCUGUGGGAUGUCAAGAGCACCAAUGUCACCGAUUCCGUCAAGAAGCUUCAGGAUGAUUUUAAGUGCACUGAGAAGGCUAUCUCCACUCAUUUCGCCAUCACCAUUGCAAAGAAGGACGGCAUCCCCAUUGUCUCCAAGGGUUGGGUCGAGUGCGAGGUUGAAGUUCCCGAGGAGAAGAAGGGCAUCGUAGAUGGUGUCAAGAAGGCGUUUGGCUUCGGAAAGGAUAAGGACUCAUCAUCCUCCUCAUCGUCAUCCUCGUCGUCCUCGUCCACAUCCUCCUCCUCCAGCACCAGCACUACAACCACCGGAGCCGCUUCCACAACCCCCGAAGCCGCUCCCAAGCUGAUUAAGAAGACGCAACGCAUCCCGGUCGCAUUCACCACCAACAAGGCGGGCAUUCCCUUCCUCUCGCCCGCCGCCAAGACCGCGCUCAAGGGCGAAAUCACCUCCUUCGACACCUACGACAAGAACCGGCGCGCGAUUGAGGAAGCCCGCAACGAGCUCGAAGCCUUCACGUACAAGACGCGCGAGCUCCUGUACAACGACGCGUUUGUCCUCUCAUCGACUGAGGAGAUCCGCACGAAGCUCACCACGCUCCUCGACGAAGCGGGCGACUGGCUCUACGGCGACGGCGCACAAGCCCCUCUCGCCGACGUCCGUGCCAAGCUCCAGAGCCUCAAGGACAUCGAGGCGCCCAUCUCCGUGCGCAAGAACGAACACGAAGUCCGUCCCGCCCUCGUCAAGCUGAUGCGCAAGAGUCUCGACCAGGGCCGUGUUCUCCUCGGUGCCCUCCGCAGCGUCCCCGCUGAGGAUGAGUCCCUGAAGUACACCGAUGAGGAGAUCGCGGAGCUCACUAAGCAGCAUGAUGAUGCCGAGACUUGGCUCAACGACAUGGAGAAGAAGCAGGAGGCCCUGGCGGGACAUGAGGAGCCCGUGCUCACUAUCAAGGAGCUGAACGCGCGUACGGAUAAGUUGGAGAAAGUGGUCAUGGAGGCGAUCCAGGCCAAGAGCCGUGCCACCGAGGAGCUGAAAAAGAGGAAGGCAAAGGAGGAGCGCGAGAGGAAGAAGAAGGAGAAGGAGGAGGAGAAGAAGAAGGCUGAGGAGGAGAAGAAGAGUGAGGACGAGAAGGCUGAGACCGAGACUGGCAAGCCAGAGGUUAAGGAUGAGUUGUAGAUGGUGGAGGUGACACUUGUACGCUAGAUUUACGGUUUGGUUUUAUGUUGGCGCUUUUGCUAUUGAUCUGAUUUUUACACUACAUAUAUGCGAGACAGAUGGAGACAUCAGAUCAUGUUCCUUGAGUGAC